AUGCUUAAAUCGACGUCUAAACGUAGAAGUUACGACGACCUUUCAUCACAAGAUGAUCCAUGUAACAGCUACAGAAUGUUGUAUGAUGAUGGUGGACGAAGUAUUAAUUGUUCACUGUAUUAUUCUGAGUCGAGUGAUAGAUUUAUAGAUGAAGGGUGGAGAAGAGUCCAACUAGAGUCAACAGGAGAGGAUCUUACUAUGCCUACUGAGUGUGUUCCUCGUGGAUUUUGUGGCUCUCAUAACAAUGUCUGGUUGAAUGGUACUCGUCCUACAGUAGAAGAUGGUAUAGUUGAUAGAAUGGGAUGGUUAAGUACCCAUCCUACAGUAGAAGAUGGUAUAGUUGAUAGAAUGGGAUGUUUAAGUAACCAUCCUAUAGUAGAAGAUGGUAUAGUUGAUAGAAUGGGAUGUUUAAGUAACCAUCCUACAGUAGAAGAUGGUAUAGUUGAUAGAAUGGGGUGUUUAAGUAACCAUCCUACAGUAGAAGAUGGUAUAGUUGAUAGAAUAGGGUGUUUAAGUAUGUUUUCAUCCUGCUGUAAAGUCAAGUAUCCGAUACAGAUUAAAAACUGUACGGACUAUAUGGUGUAUAAUUUAAAGAGAUUGCUUGGUAGUGAUCAACGUUAUUGCUUCGGUGAUUCGACGCAUUGUUACCAAACAACACGAAGUACUUCCGUAUCUCCAUUUACCAACACGUCACAUCCAACUACUGUAUCUUCCACUACCACCCAGAAGUUAAUGACCAAGACUCCACGACAAACUCAAAAGACGUUACAUACCUCUUCCAAGACGUCACAGCCAACUACUGUUUCUUCAACAACCAAGAAAACGGAAGUUCGCCCAGUUCAAAUGGACCCCGAGAUUCCCAGCUCUGUGGAUAAUAAUCGUCAAGACAAUCUGCAAACCACCAAUGUCUAUGUUAAAAAUGAAUUAGUCUCUAACAUUCAGUAUCACGAAAAAGACGACAUGAUAAUGAUUCUUCGAGUAAGUUUAUCCGUCACAAUCGCCUUACUAAUUAUUCUUGUAUUAGGUAUACUCUUCAUGAGACACAGGACGAUGACAAAAGAUCGCUCGAAAGGCAGCUCAGAAGCUACAAAUCAAGGGUAUGAUUCAGAAGGUGAAACCAACGUUGAAAAUACUUAUGAUACCAUCUCGCCUCCAUCUGAUGUUCAUGGUCAUCAAGCAUCAGGCAUAUAUCUAACUGUAAUCUAA